CUGUCGUGUUCAAGAAGGAUAUGUUAAUUAUAAAGACGUUAAGAUCUGUUUAUUUAAAACUGACUGCAGAUUUUGGGAAAAACCUUUAUUUAUUUUCAUAUAUGUAUUCAUUGGUUUGACAGAGUGUAUAAAAAUGUGCAAAUGAAUUUUGAACAUGUCACAGUACUUUUCUAGCAAAAGGUCUUAUGAAAUAAAACCACUUAUAUAGCAAAUCUUCAAAAGAUGUGCAAGAUCUGAUAUGAAAGUAUUAUUAUACAAAUUAUUUUGGAAUUAUAAUUUAGGAAUUUUCUUCAUUUUCUUAUUGUUUAACACAUUGAAAGCUCAUAUUUUAGAAAAUUAUGAUAACUAGGAAAUAAACACUAUUUGGUUACUUUUUAAGAAAUUUAUAAAUUUUAUUUGCGUAAAGUUAUUUUGUGCAGUAAUGAAAUGGAGAUGGCAAAUAGCUCAAGAAAGCAUGCAUGUGCUAGAAUACAAGCUUGUAUUGCAUAUUUAUGUAAAUAUUUUGAACUUGCUUUUGACUUUUUGGUUUUGGAAGCUGUACUUCAUAUCUUAGAAGAUUCUAGAACAUAUUUUUGCAGCUUAUCUGAACAUGAUCAAAUCUGUUUUGUUACUGAAUGCUUUCGUCCUUUUGUUUCAUGUCAGAAAUUUUUAGAAUACCCUUUAGGUAAACUGGAAAAUUGUAUUUUGAAUAAAGAAGAAGCAGAUUUAGUAUUUAUUGCAUAUUUAUUACUGUAUAAGGAAGAAAUACAUUUUUCAAAAAUAUUUAAAUGCUUUGAAGAUUAUGGUGUUACAGUCUCAAUGCCUGGUUUAAGUACGUCAGAACAAAUGACCUAUUUUCAAAAGAGGAAGAAAUAUUUUUGUAUUAGAAGUGAUGGAUUUGUUGCCUUAAAUCACAUUUCAGAAUUAAAUGCAUCGAAAUCUUCUUUUUCCAACUGUUUUAAUAUGUUUUCUAAAGUUAAUCGUUCAAAAAAUAUCUCUUUAUUUAGAAAAAAUCAAAAUCAACCUAUUGCUCAUGAUGUUCACGAUUUCAUAUUAACUCAAUGUUCAUAUACACAGAGCAAAGCACGCGAUAACAAUUCGAAUCUUGAAAGUACUAACGACGCUUUUCUAGGUGAUAAAACAACAAAAACUGAUAUUUUUAAUGCUUUCGAUGUUAGAAAAUGUAAUCAGAAUAGUUAUAUUUCAGAAAAUGUCUGCCAUUCAAACCAUGUUCUUAAUAAAAUAUUAUCUAGUUAUAUAUUCUUAUCUGAAUUUCUCCACGAAUCUGCUUUUAAUUUUGAUCGUUUGAAAAUAAUAUUGCAUGUCUUUGGAAAACUGCGAAAAUAUUUUUGUAAUUUGUCCUUUACAGAGCAAAAACAUUUUAUAAAACAAAUCUGCAGACAUUGUCAUCGCAAAUCAACUAGUUGUUUAGACAAUAACUUGAACUCAAGACAAAUCUGUAAGUUAAGUGAAAAGCGAAAAGUAUUAUUGCAUAUUACACACCUUUUAUAUCCAAAUAAGAAAAUUCAUUUUUCAGAACUUCUGAAGAAACUUAAUAUUUUUUAUAAUAUAAUCGACUGUUUAUCAACUGCUAAUAUGCAGUUAGCAUUUUUCGAGAAAACGAAAAAAUACUUCAUUAUUGAAAAUGAUGGAUUAGUGGAACUUAAUCUUGCUCCCGAUCUGAAAAUAUUAAAUGCUGAAAUUUUUCACGACUGCAUUUCUCCUAUUAAUCCAGAUAUUAGCACCAGCCUUGCGCCUCUUGAGCAAAAGGAAAAAAAUGCAGUGAAAUUAAAUGAGGAUUAUGCGACUUUAAAGACUAAACCAUCAAAUAUUCCUCCAAGUAUUACAGAAGGGGAGGGAUCUUUUAAUGAACAUUCUGAAGCCCAUAAAACAGCAGAAGAAAUUAUCACUUCACCAUCCAGUGAGCUGGAUCGUAUUUUCAAGCUCUUGGCCAGAAAGGAAGAAAACAUUCAGAAAAAAGACGAUACUACAAUUCCUUUUAUCUUACGCGACUCGCCGAAUAUUUUCAAUUUGUCAAAAAAAAGCUCUGGUCAAGCAAAUGAGGUAUAUACAAUGUCUGAUGUAAAUCUAGAUACUUCUAAGAAAAACUGCGGAGUCAUAGAAAAGAAGCCUGAAAUUAUGGUUGAGAAAAUGGACUUUGAUUCAUCAAAACAAAACAACCACAGUAUAAAUGAUGCGAGUAUACUAGCAAAUAAACAAGAAGACAACUUUUGUUGUAGACAAAAGAUGGAAAUACCGUCAAAUUAUGAGAUAAUGAACAUUCCUGAUUCAGUAAAAGAAUUAGAGCAAAAUAUACACUAUGAAACAUUAGAUACCUCAGAAAACCUGAUCUGUAAUUCACUGAAAGAUGAACCUGUCGAUUAUUCAUUGUCUGAUAAAACAGUUAAUGACUGUGUUACACCAAAAAAGGAGAAAACUGAUUUUAGAACGGUUCUAUAUAAUAAAACUGGAUUAUGUGAUAAUAUUACUGAUAAAUCUGUUACUUCUGCAGCUGUUAGCAUCACAGAACCCACUGAAAUGUUGCAUAAUUUCCCUGGUGAAAAUUCCCACUUUAAGUCAAAUAACACAAAGGUUCCGGAUUCAUAUUCAUGUACUUCAAAUAAUUUUGAAAAUCAUCAGGAAGCACUGAAAGCUAUUAAAAUCGACACCGCUAAUGAAGCUAAAAAUAUCAUAUGUCUUAGUAAUAUUCCCAAUAAUGAAAUAAAGACAUCUGAACAUGCAUUACCUAAUAUUUCUUCUGCAACUGAAAUAGAUUUUCACACUGAAUACAGUCAAGAAACUUCUGAUAAUUCACCUCCAGUAAAUGGAAAAGAAAUUUCUAAUCUUCAGAAAAUUCCAAAACAAUCUCCAAAAUUUGUAAAGUACCCUACAGAAGAAAGCCAGUUGUCCAUUUCCAAAGAAGCAGCGUACACAUAUCUAAACACUUCAGCAUUCUUACUUUCAGACCACUCAGAAGAUUAUGACUUCGGAUUUAUAAAACCACACCCUUUUCUGUUUGACAACAUAGCAUACGGCGAUUAUUGCGAAAAAAUUGUUGACUCCAUUCUUGGCCCACUUAAUUUUCCGACAUCGAAGAGAUUAGAAUCCGAAGAAUUAAAAAGUCAUAAUGUGACGCUGUGUUUAAAAGAGUUAGUAAAACUGGAAAAACGUUCGAAUUUCAGGCUGAAUAUAUCUGAGAAAGAUGGAUGUUUUGCUAAGAAAUGUUUUCAAACCACUAAGGCUUAUAAACAUUCAGAGAAAGAACGCCGAGUAGUAAACUUUUUCAUUGUCAUUUUGGGAAAAUACUGUUCAGGUCUUUCUCUUAAGAUGUUGCAUACAUAUUUACAAAUUGCCUCCAAAGAAGUUGUACAAUAUUUGAAUGAUUGCUAUAAAGACAAUCUAUUGCAUUUUUUCCGUGAAAAUGAAAAUUACUUUUACAUUUCUCCUAUAUCUCGAAAUAUUUACCUAAGAAAGUAAACAUUAUUACAUGUAAAUACUAGUAUUUGAAAGAAUAAGUAAAGUAAAUUUAAAUUCGAAUGUUGUACAAUUUUUGCUAAAGCCAGUUUGAAAUGAUGGCUAAAAUAGCCUAAAUAAUAAAAGGAUAGAAAUCUAUGUUUAUAAUUCUUUUUAUCUACCCAUAACAUUUCUCUCAUGUUUUCAGUAGCUUUCUGAUUCCAAGUAUUGUUUAAAAUUCAAAUUGAAGGGUAUAUUCUUCAAAUUAAUAUAAAUGUAAUUAAUGUAAGUGUUCCGAAACGAUUUGAAAAUGUAGUAAUUUUUGCAUGAGCAACUGAAUUUAAUAAUUAUUUUAUAAUACUUAUUUUUAUUUUUUCAAACCCGAAGGUAAAUUUUUAAUAAGUUUGGAAAAAAAUGUUGCUUGAAAUGUUAACCAUUUUUGGCUGUGUAGAAAUAGGCUGUUUCCAUAGCACUUCCGUCAGUAUUUAUAUUUGUAGCAUUUUGAUAUAUUGUGUGAAAUGCCUUGAAAUAUCGGAUAAAUUUCAUUAUAGUAAUCCGUACUAUGUUCUGCCAUGAAACCAUUUAAGAGACCUGAGAAUAUACAUAUUUACGCUGUUUAGACUUAUUUAUUUAUUUAACAAUUUAAUUUUAUUACGCUUAGUUAUAAACUUAAAGACUUUUAGAAUUUAGAAACUUUUAGAGUAGAACUAAAUGGCUAAGAACUUUUAAAGAUAUUCAACUUUAAUUUUUGUCAUUUCCAUAGUAGCUGGCGGUAACUGCAAUAAAAAGUGUUCCAUUACUAAUAAUUUAUUGCCAGUAGUCGGUCAAGAAAACUAUAUUACAUAUAAUUUAAUAUAUUUAUUAAGGUAUACAUGCAUCAAAGUCAGUAACUGGACCUAGAACUGUUUUCUGUGUUUGCUCUUUAAUUUAAUUUUAUAUCUCUACACUUCAUUAUGAAUGUAUACUGCUUUUAUGCAUUAAAUGAUUAAUGAUUAAAACAUAAUUCAUGAAUUAAAAAAUUUUGAAAUAGUCAGUUCAAAAUAUUUGUUCGAUUGCUUUUAAUUUAUUAAAUAAAGUUGCUAGUUAUUUGUGUUUUUUAAUAAAUGCGAUUGAAAAUAACAUUUAGAAAAUGUGUGUAUAUAGUUUCUUUUGAAAGGUUUCAUGAACUUAUUUUUGUAAGGAGGUUAUAAACUUUGUAAAUUGUUGUAAUAAGUUUUAAAUAAAGAAACAAGAUAAUUUAAAUUAUUUGAAACAAUGAAGCUGUUUAUUGUAGAAAAAAUUUAGCACUUUUUUAAAUAUCAUAUGUAUACAACUCAUUUCAAACUUCUAUUUGACAAAUACAUUAUUAUGCCAUAUUUUAUUAAAGAGAUUGCUUGAGAUUAAUUCGAACUGUUGUUUUGUAUUAUUAGUCACUUAUUUUGUAUUAUUAUUCAUUUAUGUUUUGUAAUAUAUUCUAUUACAUGAAUAUAACUAUUUCUAUCUUUUUAUGCUCUUUUAUACAAUAGUGCAAUAUAGGAAAGUAAGAGGGCAAAUUCUAUCUGCAUUUAUUUUUAUUUCAUAUUAAAUGCUCACUCCUGCAAUUUCUUGAAAAUUAAAAACUUUCUGAGGGAAAUUUGACUUUGUAAUAUAUUGCUUUAUUGCCAAUAUCCUUAAUAAAAAAUUUAUUUUUUAAAUAUC